ACACCGGACACUCAGCACGCAGAGCGGCGUGGACCGGACCGAACCGAACCGGAGCGGGACCGCAACAUGACCCUGCAGCUGCCGCCUUGCGUGAUAGACUGCGGGACCGGGUGAGGACACGCGCACGAGGACAGAGCGACAUCACGAGAGACAUUAAUGCGGGUUAGGUUCCGUUAAAGGGACAGUGACCGAAUCAGCUGCUAGUGACGUCAUUACAACAACAACAAGCUCAUUGGUUCACACUGUUUGGCCAGGACUGGUUCUGCUGGGUCGGUACCGCAGAAUAUUCCGAGUAUUCAGUUUAUUCAUUCAUAAUAAAUUCCAUAAUAACAUGAUAUUCCAGAUCAUAGCUGCAAAGUGAGUGAAUGAAUCAGUGAACAUGAAAUUCAUCCAUUUUUACUAACCUUCAUUCCUCAUUCUAUCUCUACAACGCAGGCAGACCGACAAUUGAUCACAAAUGGAUUAAUAAAACAAUUUCAGCUUUUUUUAAGUGGAGAUGAGUUUCAAGCUUUGGACCCUCCAAGCAAAAGUUUUUCUGGUAAUAAUUUUUUUGAACCAUAUCUAAGCGCUGAGGCUUCUGAUUGGAGCAAACUGUCAAUUUAUGAAUCUGAUUAGUUUUGUUCACAUUCUGGUCACAUUUGUUUCAGUUAACUGGAGGAAAGCGAAGCGAUGGGAUGGAUGGGAGGUUAAACUGGGACCAGAAUCGGCUCUCCUCUUCUUUUGAAGGAGAUUCCUGAUAACAUUCCACUAAUUAAUAUGCGGCUCAAGAGUUUUAUAAAUAGUAGCUUAAAAUACUUCCGGCCAAUUUCAGAACUCGUCUAUGAAGACCCCAGGAACCUUGGAGAACUCUCAUUAUUUCCUCAUUUCCAAUUUUAAGAUUUAUAUGAUCAGUGAAUGAUAAACAUUUAUUCACUCUAAACAAAAUAAAAUUAGUUUUGCUGGUGUUAGGAGAAACUAAACCAGGUAUUUAUUUUCUACAUUUACUAUUUCCUGUAGUUCAUUUAGAUUUGCAUGUGAAAAAACAAGUUUGUAUCAUCAGUAAAAUAAGUUUAUGAAAUAUUUUAGAAGAGUUUACAAAGUCAUGAAUAUAAAUAGUGAAGAGCUCAUGUUUAGGUGAUUAAUAAGCAGGUGUAACUGAGCCAGAACUGAUAAAGGGUCGCAGGUUGUUCAGUUUCCCUUCUUUCUUCUUCUGAUUCUCUAUCAUCUGUGCAUUUGUCAGACUGCCUGCAGAGCUGCAGGUGUUGGGUCCUCUCUGACCGCCCUGCUGACUUCCUGUGGCCCUCCUCCCUCAUGUUUGUUCUCUCUAGCAGAAGCUCUAGACCUCCAGUCAGCCAUAUUGGGCUGUUCUUUGUCAUGAGAUGUACACUGUCAGCUCUGAGAGACUGCUCCAAUGUUUGUAAUUGAACUUCUGUGUUCAAUCACUAAUCCUCCACAAGGGGGCGCUGUCUGGUUGGAUUCUUUGAUGGAUGUUUUCUCACCAUCACUCUCAGUCAUGUUUUGAACAGAUCACCACUGAUGCUGUACUGAAUACACGGCCUACCGAGAUAAACCAGAACCAGCAGGAGUUUGGACCUGUGUUAAAGGGAGAGUACAUAUUUUCUCACCCGAUCCUGUUUGUUUUUCUGCUUCACCCACAGCUCUAAAGAUCUUUAUUUUUUGUAAAGAAAUGAAAACUGACCUUCAUAAAAAAUUCUAAGGUCAAUGAAAUUUCAACACUGCUGGAUUCACUGAGAGACAUGGUGCGUUCAGGUGCCGUCAGUCAGUCACUGACACAUAGACAAGGCAGAGAGGCCUGACUUAUUUGAAAAAAAAGACAAAAUAUUUUUUCAUCUAUCAUUUUAUUAAGUUUGACAUUAAAACUUGACACUCAUUGUUGAUUUCAGCUGUUCUCUAUAUAAUAAUGCAUUAAAAUUCUACAGACAGAGAAAACACAUGACUUACUGAACUAAAGGUUGCAUAGAGAAAGAAACGGUUUCUAUUGGCCUUUUCAGUUUCAACACAUGAUUCAUAACUACAGCGUUGGCCCUCUAUCUUCAUCACUUGAACCUCAGGCGUCUUCCUCAUAUGGGCUCCUCUUCCUCCAUAUAAAAGUUGGUUUAUGUUCGUGAUGGGGAUGAAGAAAAGCCGAGAUGUUCUUUUGAAGCGGACUACCCCUUUAUGCACACACACUUUUAUUGUGAAAAACCGAGUCUUAUUUUGUCAUCAACCGGAAGUGAUGUCACCGUCAACAAACCGAUUCACCGGUUGCGUUUUCGCCGUAAUAAACCGACGCUUCUUGUUUCUCUUCAAUGAGUCCGUCUGGGCUUUUCCGAACCGGCAACGAACCUAAAUCAUGUUCCCGCCAUCGCCUCGGCUCCAACCUGGCGAGCGGAAGUCGAAGCGUUCCCGCGCAAAUGAUCAUGAGGAAGAGGAAGAGGAAGGUCGGACAGAGAUGAGUGAGAGCGGGACUCAGCUGUUUGCCCGUCUCGAGGCCCGGCGCUGUCUGAAGGACGUUGAGCCUCGGCUGUUUGCUGAUGAUGGAGGACCUGACCGUGGGAAGGUGGUGGAGGUGUACGGUCCGGAGGGGACAGGAAAGACGGAGCUGCUCUACCACCUGCUGUGUCGCUGCAUCCUGCCGGAGGCGGGGGGUCUGGAGGUGGACGUUGUCUUUGUGGACACAGACUACAGUCUGGACGUGUUCCGGCUGGCCAGUGUUCUGGACAGUCGACUGAGUGCAGGUGAAGCUAACGACAGUGGUUCUGCCGGGUUUGAUGAUGCGAUUCUGCGCUCCUGUCUGACUCGCCUCCUGGUGGUCUGCUGCUCCUCCUCCUCCCAACUCCUUCUCACCCUUCAUUUUCUGGAGACCACCUUGUCUUCUCGACCCAGAGCAUCGCUCCUUCUCAUUGACAGCAUCUCGGCGUUCUAUUGGUCGGAUCGCAGUGAGGGCGGAGCCAGCGUUGCCAAGCAGGAGGAGAAGCUCAGCAGGUGUUCGGAGCUGCUGGGACGACUGCUCAGGGAUUACAAAAUCACCAUCUUUGCAACCUGCCACCCCAUCAGGAGGAGUUCUAGUGGGCCACCCUCCUCAGAGGCAGACCGGUCCCAUCUCUGCCGUGCCUGGCAGCGUCUGGACCAUCGGCUGGUUUGCUCCAGACAGGAAGCUGAACAUAACCCAGCAAAUGGAGACGAAGGGAGCGGAGAGCAGAGGAACCGACAGGUCUUCACCGUCCACUGCUCCUCCUGGACUGGGACCAAGAGUUCCAGGGUCAGCUCCUUCAGAGUGACGGAUGGUGGCGUGGAGUUCAUCUGGACCAGAGACCUCCUCCUGGUCUUUCUGCUAUACUUUAAAGACUCACUGUUGAUGUUUGUAACUUAAUUAUGAUGACAUGUUGGAAUUGAAUAAAACCA